AUGAAACCAGUUCGUUGCGUCUGUGGACCACAUUCAACAUCUUGUUAUUUCAGCAUUGGGAGGAAACGAUGCGUUUGCGAAAACGGCUACAAGCAUAGGUUUGGAGGAUGUGAGAUUUGCGACUGUGGAACGAAUUCAACACUCUGUGAGUUUAAAGAAAAUGGAGAUAAAGAAUGUUUAUGUGACAAAGGAUACUCUGUAAUGGAAGGAAAAUGUAGAGAAUGCAGCUGUGGUGACCACGGAGAAUGUUCUUUCAAAGGAAGUAUCAAAUCCUGUACCUGUGAUAAAGGGUAUGCAGAGAAAAAUGGAAAAUGUGAAGCAUGUGACUGCGGAGAAAACGGUAAAUGUGUUUUCGAUGAAAAUGGAAAAAAGAGUUGCCAGUGUGAUCGCCUUUACAAGGAAUACAAUGGAUUAUGUGUCUUUUGCAGUUGUAAUUCUGGCACCUGUGUUCUUCAGCAAAACGGAUUUCAGUGCAUCUGUAAUACAGGAUAUUUGAAUAUUCAUGGGAAAUGCGUUGAAUGCGACUGCAAAAAUGGUGAUUGCAGCAUCAUAGACGGAAAGAAAGUAUGUACUUGUUAUCAUGGUAAUGCCAUGAAAGGAGGAUACUGUGAACCUUGUCGGUGCGGCGGAGGAACAUCUUGCAUCUUCGAAGAGUGGGGAAAUGAUGUUCAGAAAAAAUGUUUUUGUCCUAAAGGAUACAGACAGGACAAAGAUGAAUGGUGUUCAAGAGUUUUGCAAUGCGAAGAUGAGAAUAAGUGCCCUAAUUCAACGGUAUGUGUGAACACAGAUGAAGGCUACAAAUGUGUUUGCAAAGAAGGUUUCCGACCUCUGCGAAGGAAUGCCGAUCCCAAAGACUUCGGAUGUGAAGAUAUAUGCGGCCAGAAUAAAUGUGUAGCAGGAGAAUGUGAAAUAACAGAUGAUCAUUAUCACUGUAGGUGCCAAGAUGGUUAUGCGGGGACAUACUGUGAAGUUGAACUUGAUGUCUAUCCUAAAAAGAAAUCGUUGGUAGUUGCUUUCUCAAUUCUUGCUACAAUAAUCAUCCUGUUGCUGAUUACAACGGUUUUCUUUGCUCGAAAAAUUCAGGGACCAUAAGUCGAAAAUCUAAACAUGACAUGCAAAAAUUCAGACAGAAAUGUGAAUUAUCAAUUGUCUGUAAGUCGUGCUUCCUGAAUACCUGAAUCUUUUUAAAUUAGAGCUGGACAUAUGUGAACUAGACCUGAACUUGGAAAUAAACAGAUAUUCGAAGACAUGAACGCAAAUUUUUGUGACUUUAAAAUCUCCAAGCUUUAAAUACUAACCAUAAACUUUAAUAUAGCAGUUAAGGUUAACGUACAUUUUAACUUCUAGAUUAUUGAAUUAAUUAAAAUUAAUUAAAAUAAAUAAUAUAAAAUUCAAUUAAUUAAAAUAUAAAUUCUUGAAUUAAUAAUAAUAAUAAAAAUAAAUAAUGUGCAAUAUUAACUUCAACAGAAAUCUUUUCAGAAACAUUUGAAGAUAAGUUGUUGAAUGCUAAUAUCCUUGAAAAAGGAUAAACAUUUUAUAUCAGUAGGAAUUUCAGGAAAACACCUGAAGAAAGUUGCUUUAUUCAAAGAAAAGUAACCCCAAAAAAUGUUUAAAAAACAAUAAAAUAUAAAGAAAAAUUAUCGAUAAUUAUUAAAAAUAAUUGUUUUAUUCCAGUACAGAUACUUCAGAUUCAUUCAAAAUGCGUGGAAGUUUUCGCUAUUAUUCUCUAAAUUAGUGGAAUUUAAACUAAUUACAUUCUAUACUAUUAAAAUUUGUGCAUGUCUGUCUGUUUGUUUGUAGCAUUAUCUCCUCCAGAACUUCAAUCCCUGCCGCUACGGAGGAGUCUUUCAAGAGAAUCCUCCCGGAUUCCAAAAAUUCAUGGGAAGCUAUUUCGACCAUUAUCAUCUUCAUACGACUUUUAUUAGCGGAGUUAUUAAUUAAAAACUCUGAAAACGC